CAUGCUAAUCCUUGGGAAAACCAUGAGAAAGCCAAGCCAAGGCCAAAUGCUCCCGCUCCAAAUCACGAUCCUCGUCUCCAUGGUCGUGUCCCCGGCAGCAAUGGGCAUCGUGACCGACGGCAAGUGCAAGUGCUUCAUGUGCAUCUGCGACGUGGACCCGCACCCGCUGCCGCCGGCGCUGCCGUCCCACCACCCGCCGCCGGCAGAGCCGAAGACCGUCACCUCACCACCGCCGCCACCGGCGCUCCCGGAGUACCACUACCCGCCGCCGUACCCGUACGGGUACCCGUGGGAGGGGACGACGUACUACGGGCCGCCGGCGGGGGAGAUGUACCCGCGGGACAAGGCGUCCAAGUCCAGCGCGCCCCGGCAGGGCGGCCUCGGGCUCUCUUCUUUGGUCCUCGCCGUCUUGCUCGCGUCCGCGGUGCUGUCAGUGCUCACGCAUUCUGCUUAGUCGUCGUGUCAGUGUGUCGAUCGUGCUAAGAUGAACUGUGGUAUCCUACUCCCAUGUACCUAUGUGAGAAUCGCGUGUGUUCUAUGACAAGUAACCAGCGGCUAAUUGCCGUGUUCUACCGCCGAGUGUGGCAAAAAUAUAUGGAACAUGACGUCCAGUAAUGGAACAUUUACUAUGCAUCAGCUGAUUAACGAGCACAGUUG